AUGCAGGAGCUCGCUCCCGGCCGGGGGUGGCGGGAGCCGGGGUGGGGUCCCGGACACCCCGCGGGGGCCACGGGAUCCCCGCUGGGGCCACACGGGAUCCCCGGCGGGGCGCGGGAGUCGCGGCGGGGCCACGGGAUGGACGGCGAGCCUCUGACUCGGCCGUCUCCUUCCUGCCCCGCCUGGCCCCGGGACCGGCGGCCCCCGGCCCCCAGCCCGGCCUGUCCCGGCCCCCCCCGGCCCCCCAGUCCGCCGGCGGCUCUUGCAUCAGCCCGGUGCGCAGGGCUGUGCCCCACUGAUAACGCCCGACACCGGGCGUCGGCCCCUGCCCCGCUCCACCCGGCUGCCCCCCGCUCUGCCCCACAGCGCCCCGGGCCGGGCUGCGGGACCGGGACCCGCGAGGUGCUGCGGCACCGGGCAGCGAGGUCACCGGGACCCCCCGGACGCAUCCCUGGGCCAGCCGCGCUGUGCGGGGCCCGCAGAGCCCCGCACGGAGCCCACGCUGCAGCCCCGGGCACGGCAGGAUGGAGCUCGGUGCGGGGCCCCUGUCCCGCACGGUGUGUGCGGGAUGGAGCCCCCACACCGCACAGCCAGCGCGGUCCCGUGGGGUCCCCACAUCCCCCGGCAGCCAGGGCACGGCUGGGGUCCCUCCUCAGUGGGUACAACCCCGUGGGGUCCCCCAUCAGUGGGUACAGCCCCGUGGGGUCCCCCCGCAGUGGGUACAACCCCGUGGGGUCCCCCCGCAGUGGGUACAGCCCCAUGGGGUCCCCCAUCAGUGGGUACAGCCCCGUGGGGUCCCCCCUCCGUGGGUACAGCCCCGUGGGGUCCCCCCGCAGUGGACCCCGCGAGGGCGGUGGGGGUGAUGCUCAGCCCCCCCAAAACGAGGAUCGAGGCAGGGCAAGGCAGGGGGUGCUGAUCUGA